AUGUUGAAUUGCGAAGACGAGCUGAGAGGAAGAGGCUGGCGAGAGUUAGGAGAUAUCAUGAAUGAAAGGAACUUGAAGUGAACAUAGCGUCAAAUUCAAGACAACCGAUGUUUUUUCUCACGAUAUGGAUCUCGACGAGUUUGAGCCAUUGGACCCAUUCGGCCAUUCCUGUCUGACCUUGCACAAGUUUUGUUGAGCUCAAGCCUUUAAGAAACUUGUUUUGGAACACGAUAUCCGCUAUGAUCAUCAGGGCCAACUUUUUACCUGUCUUGAUACGGGACUACUUAUGGUGCACUAAAACGGCACAGAAAUCUGGAACCCUUCAGGUGAACUCCUUCAGGGGGAUCCUUAAGAGUCGCCACUAGCACGCAGAUUCGGCACGUCAACCGCAUGCCCAUCCUUUUUUGCUUAAAUAACUCGAUCUCCCAACAUACCAUUUCUCUAUCUUUCCACCAUGCCAAAGCGUAUUCCUACCCCUCCUCUUGGAGACGACGAACCUCGCUGACUCACUGUCGUUCACCCUUACGUCCUCGAUCGCCAUUUGCAACAUGGACGUGCCCAAGGAUAAGCAAGAAUUUGCGCGUUAGGUGGCAUGCUGCGUCGACGCAAAGUACUUUUACGCGUUUUUCAAAGAGCUUAGUCUCGCGAGUGUCCCCAGCUCGAUCGCUUAAUCGGCGAGCAUCGCUGGAGGGAUUUCUUCAAGAAUUCAUCCAAACAAGUCACCAAGGUUUUUUUAUUGCACUUAUAGCGCUGGAAGACAGGUGCAGAAGAAUGGUGAGUCAACCACUUCAAUCCAUUUCAAUCCUGCUACCCGGCAGAUUCUUACUCGAUAAACUCGAUCGGUUUUGUAAUAAUCGAGGAAUCUUGAUCACCUUCGAUGAACGGCGCAAGUGGCUAUUACCAUAUCGGAUUUUCCCCAUAGGCUGGGAGCGUAUAUAUGUCGAAGACGCUUGCACGUUCAAGGUGUGGUCGCCGAACGAUCAUUCAUUACUUUCCCUUACCCUGAAACUCAUUUCUGUGAAGUGCCGAUCGAGGAUCAGACCAAUCAUCGCACGUGCAGGUCCCUUCCGGGCGCUGCAAAACGCCCUCCCCUGAGAUACUGACCGCUACUGCACGUCGUAUUUGCAGCAUGUAUUAUUUGUGUACUAAUACGACGUCCAUCCAAGAUCACAAGCCAAAUGCCAGCGAAGCUAGUCAAAAUAAAAAGCACUAUGGUAUAGUAUGCUCAGACUCUUCCUUUUGUAUCGUGAUAGAUGACUAUAAAGACAAUGUCUAUGUAUUCAGCUACUGAGUGCGCAAUGAGGAAGCACUAAUGUAUACUGUACUUCGGCACAAUCCACUGCGCACGCGCAACAGCAUCUAAUAGAAUA